CGACUCUUAAUGUGUAAUCCCGCAAAAGUCUCUAGAGGUAUGGCAGCAUGCUUCACUGCAGCGUAAUAGGAUUUGUAAACAGUUCAAAAUUUGCUUUGAAAACCUAACUAAACUUCUGCACCUCGCCAGUGAAAUGGAUGAAGGUGGGGUUUUAGAGAUACACGAUGACCGCAAUCACAAUUAUCCUGAAAACCAUGGAAAUGUAUAUUACUUAAACUGUAGCUCACCGAUGCCGAGUGAAGCCAAUUGUAUUCCAGCCGCUGUCGAUGUGUGUGAUUGUGCCGAAAAUGCCACACACACCGAUUCCGCUUCAGACAGCGAAGUUGAUUGUGGUGCAAUUAUUACGAGGAGCCUGACAUCUAAUCCCUCUGAAUUUAUGAUGAAUGCAAUGACAGCAGAGGACUACAAAGAAACUUACUGGCCAAGGCUGGAAAAAGCAGUUGAACAGCUGCUGACUCAAAGCCCAGUGAAAUAUACAUCUAUCUCCUAUGAGCAGAUUUACAGUCAUGUUUAUAAGUGUGUGUGCCAGCAAUACUCAGAACUUCUCUACAGGGACCUGAUGUGGAAGAUAACAUCUCACUUACAGCAAGUGUGCUUAGACUUGCAAGACAACCGACCUGAAAGUUUUGUUGAAAACUUCAAUCUUGCUUUCACGCAGUACAUGGCUGCAAUUCAGUGCAUCAUUCCUGUGUUCAUUUAUAUGAACAAGUUCUACAUUGAAACUAAGCUGAAUAGAGACUUAAAGGAUGACCUCAUGGACCUUUUCUCAGCUCACGUUGCAGAGAAACAUAUUUGUACAUUAAUAUCUCUUCUUAAGAAAGCCGAUGCCAUUCCAUUUCAAGUUAAACCAUCAACCAUGGCAAGUGUGGUAAAAGGCCUUUAUGCUCUGCGACCAGACUGGGCUCAGCUAGCUCCUGCACUGUUUUCUAGAUUUAUUCCCCAAAUUCACCCACCUGUUUUGGAGUCUGAUCUGCUGCUUUAUGCAGCUCAAGACCGAAAAUUGCAAAUGGAGCUUUCAUUAAAUGGUUUUUCCAGGUGUGACCAAUCACGUAAAAGAGCAAGUGAAGAAUACUGAAAAACCUGCUGGAAAACAUGAAAUAAUACCUCAUACAAGAAAGCUUCCAUAGUACCAGUGAGAGACAUAAGGACCAGGCUAUGUGGGAACUGGGUAUAUAUAAUUACGAAGGUGCAAUCUUCUAUGUAGGACAAAACACUUACUAAUAAAAAAUUAAUAAAUAAAUGUAUGAAAACAAAUAAAUGCAUGCAUGAGCAGAGUACAUAACAGUGCCUUGGUUUAAAAAAGGGGGGGGGGGGGGGCAUGCAAUGAGAGAUAGUUUAGGCUUAAACGUGUGGCCUCUGUAGUUUUAUCUAACCCUCCUAUUAUGUUAUGGGUCAGUUUGACCAAUUUCCACAUUUGAGAUGUCUGAAGUACUGGUUAAUCUCUCUUUUUCUCUUUGAAAUUCUUUGACUUUUCCUCAUUUAGGGUCAUGAACUUGUAUGCAAAUCGUGUUAACUUCUACUCUAAAAAGAAACACACAAGAACAGUACACUUUAUCUAAUCUGACAGAGCAAUGCAUUCACAUACACAGGCUUGAAAGAGAGCCUUGUUGCAUCUCCAAAAAGAGACCUAACAAGUGCUCACAGUAGAGAGAAAGAUGGAACCCCAAUAACAGUCAUUAUUUAGAGACAGCUCCCUUCACAGGUCUAGCUACAUUACCACUAUCCUAAAUAGUGUUAACUCAUAGGCUGCUCACAUUACAACACAAGUAUCUUUUUUGUUGUCUCUGACAAGCCAUAAAGAAAGUUUACUGUUUUAAGCUGUUCUUUGCUGUUUUUUGCGUGUAUGUGAACUUUGGAAGUCAUGUUGACCCAUAACAUAAUGGAUGUAACCAUGUCCUCCAUCAACAUCCUCCAGAAGCUGACAAAUCACAAAUGUUACCAAAUUAUGCCAUGGUGCGAGUCACAGGAAUGAUGCUCAUGUUUCUGCCCUAAUUUUGAUUCAUUUUCAUUGAAAGCUUGAGGGGUGAGUAAUAUGGCAAAAUUAUCAUAUCAUAAUACACAUAGAAAGAAGGUUUUUUUGUUUGGUUGGUUUUUUGUUGUUAAAAUGUGUUAAACUGUAUUUUAUGUCUAACAAAAAAAAUGUAACACUGUAAAGGGAUAAACAAUAUAAUGGGAAUUGUUUUGUAUUUAACCACUUCUAGUUUUCACUGGCUGCGUGUGUGUACGUACAGGUGCAUCUCAAAACAUUUUAGUAUUGUGGACAAGUUCUUUUUUUUCUGUAAUUUAAUUCAAAAGGUGGAGCUUCAAUUCAUUACACAUAAAGUGAAAUAUUUCAA